AUGUAUUUAUUGUGAUCGUUGUGUUAUCCUUAUUGUCGUAGUAUCAUGUCCAGUAUGAGUCGUUUCUUUGAAGACAAAGAUGUUGCUAUCAACUAUCUACAAUAUCGACCACAUUAUUCCACGGAGGUUGCUGAAAUAAUCGUAAACUACCUUGCUGAAUAUAGAAAGAAGCCAUUUGAGACUGCCCUUGAUAUCGGCUGUGGGUCUGGUCAAUUAACACGGUCCUUGUCACCUUACUUCAAUGAUGUAUUGGGAGUUGACAUUAGUCCUGCGCAGAUCGGUGUUACAAAGACAGCUCAAAACCCCCAGAAUGUGUCUUUCAGUGUUGGCAAAGCAGAAGAUUUACCUGUUGCCGACUCUUCAUUGGAUCUUAUUACAUCGGCCACUGCGAGCCAUUACUUUGACUGGUCAAUGUUUCCCAAGGAGGUUGAUCGCGUCCUUAAACCUAACGGAUGUCUUGCUGUCUUAGGAUAUGACCAUCUUUACAUCGACCAUCCAAAUGAAGCGAUAAGGAAGAAACUGGAAGAUUGUAUUGAGUCAUAUUUAGACUAUGAGAACAAAGUACGCUUGAAGGACUAUACACCAAUCCAGUAUCAACACUUAAAAGAAGGAUACAGAACUUUACAAGUUCCGUUUGAUGACCAAAAACGGUAA